AUGGCACCUUACACUCCCGUUUUGCUGCAACAUGUCAAUUUACCUGUACCCAAAGGUACCUUGCAGCUCGCUCAAGAGUUUUAUGGAGAAGUGAUUGGGUUUGAGAAUGAUCCAGUCCCACAAGCUCAAAAGGAAAUCUUGUUAUGGUUUAGAAUAGGAGAUGGACCUCAACAAAUUCACGUAGCUUUCGAGGGCGUUUCACCAGAAUCCAAAAUCCUAUCAUCCCGACAUCCAUGUUUCCAGCUUUCAUCACCUGAGACACUCGUGGCAUUACAGCGAAGGAUAUACGAGCAUAUGCAAUCAAAGGCUGAUUCAGCAGCGAUGUCAUGUGAUUCCCCCGGAGAAGAAAAUUCAGGUGCAAAAGGUGUUGAAUAUCCUACUAGGUUCUUUGCGACGGAUUUCGCUGGAAACAGAUUAGAAUUCAGUGCUCCAAAGUAG